CCAAGCUCAAUCUCUCCUGCGCUUUGCAAUGAUUGACGCAGCUUAUAGGAAAUCGGUGAUAUUGCUUGUUACAGUCAUGUAUCAUACGCUGCAGCUCUGAUUACGAUCGAGUGCUCUUGCCGAUCGGCCCGCGGCGAGUAUGACUCUAGCUACGAACCGUGAGGUACUAAAUCGACGCAUCUUGCAACACCAAUGUUUGGUAAGCCUGUCAGAAGUGUAUCACGAUGGCGUCUAUUACCUAUGCUGUCCUCGGCGCUGGUGUGAUCGGCUUGUCCACCGCCAUCGAGCUCAAAACUCGAUUUCCAGACGCCAAGGUUAUCAUCGCAGCGAAAUAUUUCCCUGGGGAUCGAAGCAUUAAGUAUUGCUCGCCAUGGGCUGGAGCAAACUGGCUAUCGAUAGCGACAGAGGACCAGGUUUUGCAUGAGUGGGAAGCAGAGACUUAUCGUCGCCUCCAAACCAUUGCGACAUCUGUGCCUGAGGCAGCCGUUACAAAGAUGGACAUACAUGCCUUCUACGACAGCCCACCAGAGCAAGCAGGCAUUUUCGCUCCUGGAUCUAAGAAACUAUGGUAUGAAGACUUGGUCGGGGGUGUCAGCCAGAUCGCCAAUGCGGAUCUAGCAACAGGUGCUCAAUUUGGCUAUGUGAUACCUACGUUUAUGAUUAACACACAAGGCUAUCUCGCGUGGCUGAACACAGAAUGUUUGAGACUAGGCAUCGAAAUGCGCCGCAGCUCUUUCGACGACAUCCGUGACUUCUUCCAUGCCGUUCCUGCCAAUGCAUACUUUAAUUGCACCGGACUUGGCUCUUACCAUCUCAAAGGUGUCGAAGACAAAGCGCUAUACCCUACAAAAGGUCAAAUAAUGCUCGUCGAAAGCCCCAAAGUUCAACUUGAGCACAUGUAUCUUCGUUCACCAAAGCGCGUUGACAGCGAUACGACCUACGUAUUUCCGAGAAACCCCUCUGGAGGUGUCAUUCUUGGUGGAUGCAGAAUUGACAACGACUGGAGUGACAAGAUUGAUAUUGACCUGGCCGAAGAUAUCAAGCGGCGGUGUUGUGCUCUAGCCCCGGAACUGGGCAAACCGGAAGAUCUGAAGGUAGUCUAUCAUUGCGUAGGGCUCAGACCGGGACGCGAGGGAGGACCUAGAAUGGAAUCGGAAGUCAUGGGUGGCCAUCUUGUUAUCCACAACUAUGGUGCGAGCGGAGCUGGGUACCAGGCAUCGUGGGGAAUGGCUCAGAAGGCUGUUGACAUUAUGCAGCAAAUAUCACAGUCGAACCUCUGAAGUAGCCCGAAUCGAAACAGACUUGGAAGCUCUGAAUAUUCAUACAUAUAUCUCCAAGUCACAAGUAUGGAUCUGUCCUACAACAUUCAUACUGUCAUACUCUUAUCCACUGUCUUGAUUCCUCGCUACCGAAGGCUACGCUAAAAUCUUAGGCACGUUAGGUACUUCACCUCCUCCGAGCCGCUUUGGAAGGAUCACAUCUUUAAGUUUCUUGACCUGCCUCAAAGAGCCGCAACCCCGAGCUCUAUGAAACAGAACGGAUCUGCCUUGAUCUACUCUAGUAUUACUUGUAGAACUCCCCGACGGGUAUCCUAAUAAAACCGCCGUGCGCAUCUCCGUCACAGUACUUUUUCUAUCGGUUAGAAAAGAGCUCGAGCACGCCGAUCGACUGAGAAAGAGCCUAUCGGCAGAGUAUCAGCCGUGAUUAUUCUCAAC